UAAUUUCACUGAAUCGGCUCUAGCAAUGAACGUAUGGAUGAAUGUCAUUUAGGGAUGCUGACGAGGGCGAUGCUCCGAACAACUACAAGGGCUAUGGGUCUUUUUUUUUUCAUAAGAUGAAAAUGAGGGCGCAUGCUUACUAACGCUCAAGUGUUUAGGUAAUAGAAGUGUGCGUGCAUACGUCAGCAGAAGAGACGUCCUCCUCAGCGCGCGAGCUCCUCAGCUGUCAACUGUAGGACUAAUUGUUCUCCUACAAAGGACUGUACAGUCCAUGUCUUUGGACGUAAUUUCAACCCUUUUUACUUCUAAAACACAAUGGAAGUUAUUGUGGCCUGUGCAUUUCUUUGCCUUUGUUUUUGGACUGCUCUCUACUUUACCCUAUGUAGGGUUAAUAGAUUGCAUAGUUAUGAAUGGAAUUGUCGCCUUGUGACCCUGUUGCAUGGCAUCUCAGCAAUAUGCACCACCACAUUCAUUGGCUAUGUGGAUGGACCAUGGCCUUUUGAUAAUCCAGGCACCCUGAAUACACCUCUACAGAUAAGUGCCUUGGUGUUUAGCCUGGGUUACUUUAUGUUUGACAUGGCUUGGUGUGUUUACUUCCGCACAGAAGGUCCUGUUAUGCUCGCCCAUCACACUGUUAGCAUCCUGGGAAUCCUAUUGACCCUGUGGCUGGGGGAGUCUGGCAUCGAAUCUUGUGCAGUGCUCUUUGGCACUGAAAUCACAAACCCUCUUUUGCAGACGCGCUGGUUCCUGAAACAAACUGGACACUACGAUACCACACUUGGACACAUUGUUGACAUACUGUUUGUGCUUCUAUUUAUUGUAAUGCGCGUCUUUGUGGGAGGCACAAUGCUGUAUUGUGAACUGAUCUCUCCAAGACCAAGAUUCUUUAUUAAGUGUGUGGGUGUGGCCAUGUACGCUUUGUCUUGGAUAUUCGUGGUGGACAUUGUUCAAUUUGCCAUAAGGAAGAGCACCAACUGGCACAGACAACAAAAAGAUCACAAAACUACAGCAGUAAAUUGUCUUAAUGACAAAAAGGACUAGGCCUAAUAGAAAGUAUUAUCCACAGAUUUCAAAAUAACCUUUGUAUUCACACCAGUUUCCAGUUUUUCAAUAUUUUAAUAAAGCUAAUAUAUUGUAGUUUAUAUAAUGUGCACAUGUCACUUUCUAAUAAUUUGUGUAAAUAUUGACUGGAAACUAAAAUCCAAUGCUCUCAGGUCUUAAAACAUGUUUUUUUUUAUUUAUUUUUUUUAUUAUUAUUAUUGUUUUGUAGGUCUGUGUGGAACUACUCAUGUUUAUUAACCAUUUUGUAGAUAUGUAGUAUGUAUGGAUGAACAUUUAACCUCCUAAGACCCAAGCUCUUGCAUGACAUGCUUUAUUAAUUUCUCUUUAUUAUUUAGGCUGAUUUGGACCUGAUGAGUGUAAAAACAAAGAAUUGUCUUUUUACAUUAUGUAGUUUCUGAGAAAAGCGAUGCAAAACAAAUGUCCUCAUAUGGUGACAUUUUAAUGAUUUUGAUAAAACAUUUGAAUAAUGAUUUGCAAAAACUAUUACUACUAUUAUUUGUCCUGAAUGUAAAAACAAAAUCAGAAACAACAAUUGUGCCUCUUGGAACAAUGUCUCUCAUGUGAAGUGCUGCUGACAAAGCAGGAAGACAUAUGCCUUUACAAAAAAAAAAAAAUAAUAAAAUAAAAUAUUCUAAACAUUCUAUACUUUAACAAAUUUUCUAAAUUGAAUAUAUUUACAUUGUUUUUGUUCUUGUAUGCUGUUAUUCUUCAUCAAAAAAUUUGCAUUGUGGCCUAGACAACCCAAAAUGUGUUGUCCACAUACGUGGACGCCAGGUCCUAGGCGGUUAAUGCUCAUCCACACAUAGCCAUUAUUUAUUUCUAUAUUAAAUGUGUUUACGUUAUACUAUUUAACACACAGUGCUAUGUUUUUGUAUAAGUGGCUGUGCCUUAAAUAAGGACUUCUAAUUUAUAUGAUGUCUUGACAAACAAACUUGCAAUUACUGUGAUUGUCCACAUGAUGGUGUCAUCGUAACUCUUUGGUUAAAUAUCAAACGGCAUGUGUACUUCACUGAGUUAUGUUCAGAUAGAGACUGAUACAGCAUGUUUUUCUAUAUUUCACCAUCAGGCGAUUUUUUUAUUUAUUAUUUUAUUGUUUAUGAUUGUAUAAUGUGUGUUUUUUAUGGAUAAAGUGGCCAGCCUGCAUCCUC